AUGCACACGCACCCGAAUCAAAUUCGCUCAGCAUGCGAGCGCUGUCGCCGGCAGAAACUGCGCUGCUCACGGUCCCUCUCUUCGCCCUCAUGCGCCCGCUGCACCCGUCUCGGCCUGACAUGUCAGGCCGGCCUGCAACGACGCGUCGGCAGACCGCCCAAGAAGGACAUGGUGCUUCACAGGCCUGCUGAGGAUAUGCAGUUUGUUCAAGCGCUACUGGACGACACGGCUUGGAAUCUUGAUCCGUUUUGCGGGUAUACGCCUGAAAGUCUCCCGUUUCCCAUGGAUGCGUGGCCUUCUGUGUCAGAGCUUGAUCCACCCGAGAUCGAGCAAAAGAUCAUAGUACCCAGUAUGCAGGUUUUCGAGAAGUUGUCGAAACUUAAUGUCGAUAUCCACCGGGGAUGGGAAUUCGUGUCGCAGCUUGAGAAUGACUUUCGGUUGAGUGCGUUUGUGUGUGAGGAUCGGGAGAGGCAGAAUGGGUAUCAGAAUAUCCAGGUGGUUUUGAAGGCGGCGCAGGAGUACCUUGUUGUCCUCAAGACACUGCAUCGGCAGCUCGGUAUACGGACUGUGUAUUGCCAAGGUCGCAAGCCACAUACAAACAGGAUGAUGCUGUCCCUUGAGGCAAACACGGAAUCUCCUGAGUCGAUAGCUUCUUCGUCGGGUGAAGCGACACCAACAUCCGGAAGCACUACACCCGAGCUUCCCCCUAUAUUCGACUCACCGACCAUGUUUCUAAUAAUAUCUUGCUACGUGCAACUCAUCAAACAUCUUGAAGUUGUACUCAGGAUCAUAUUCAACUCAAUAUCAGAUCCACACCAGGACCUCAUCGAUGCCGCUCCCAUGUCGUUUGCCGAAGUACCUCUGAUCGAGCCGUCAACCCAAUUCGUCCUCUUUUCCGAGAUGUUUCGCCACAUAAUGAGUCAGAUGAAUCUUCUCAUGGGACUCCCUAGUGCAUGGUCAAGCAAAAGCGCUUGGACAGGUCUGUUGACUAAUCAGCGUUAUCGGGAUAUGCUGAAUACUGAGCUAGGAGAUGUGGAGGAUGGGUGGACGACGCGGCCAGGCAAAUUGAUGGAGAUUAAUAGGAUAACAAAGGAUAUGUUGGACGAAUUCACCAUGAUGGGGAUUUACUGA